GGCGGCUACGCGGAGGACCCGAUGGACGCGGACCAACGUGCUGAGCGAACCGGGCAGAGCGCUGGUCCGCCGGACCUUCUUCACCGUGCGCACUCGCGGAUCAACGCAUCAUGAAGAGGAGAGGGAAAGCGGCGAAGACACUCAACAGCUACUGGGGAGGUUGAUGUGGACUUCACCCUGUGCACCCAGGUGGUCUCUCCUGGAGCAUGUUUGUGUCCCACAAUGUCCCUACUUGCAGACUGGCUACUGCGCCACUCGGUGGUCAUGUGUUUGCUGCUGCACAGCCUGGUGCUAAUGACCUUCUGCUUCCACCAUGCUGCGACCAGUUGCUCCAAGAGCUGCUACUGCUCUGAGAGUGAGAGCAGUGGCAAGACGGUGCGCUGCAGCAAUCUGCAGCUCACAGAGAUCCCCCAGGAUAUCCCCAAUGACACACGACGCAUCUUCUUGGACUUCAACCUCUUCACCACAAUCCCGACAAAUGCUUUUGAAGGUUUGCCUCAUCUGGUCGAACUGGAUCUAUCACACAAUGAAUUAAGCCAGCUAGAAGUGGGGGCGUUCCGAGGCCUGGGCCCCUCACUACAGUUCCUGGACCUUUCCUCCAACAAGUUAGUACACUUUAACCCUGAUGCCUAUGAGGGGCUGCGGGCUCGCGCCAAUCUAACAAACAAUCCAUGGCACUGUGACUGCAAUCUGCAGAUGGCCAUGCCUCACGUACACCUGGAGCCUGCAUCACUGACUGGCAUUGUGUGCCAGACUUCAGACCCUGAGGAAAUAGGAGUUCAAGGACUUGCCUUCCUGUUGGCACCUGACAUAGACCUAUGUGUGGUGAUGAAGAGGACUACAGAUGUGGCCAUGCUGGUCGUCAUGUUCGGCUGGUUCAGCAUGGUCAUCUCCUACCUGGUCUACUAUGUCAGGGCGAACCAGGAGGACGCCCGCAGACAUCUUGAGUAUCUCAAGUCUUUGCCCAGCAGACCGGACAAGUCAGAGGAGUCUUCCACUAUUAGUACUGUGGUAUAGGAUGGAUGGAGCUGCAACCUUCAUCAACACAGUCUUCAUCGGUCUCAGACAGAUUUGCCCAGCUGUUGUCAGGGAGUCAAGGGGGCCAAGGAGACAUAUGCCUGCACAAGAAGAACAAGGCCGAUGCAACCUAGCCCAGAUGAAUAAUUCAUCUUUCAGCGGCCCAUUAGGAGUUUUUGUUGGUUGAGUUGAUGGUCCAGUCCUCUAAGGGAGAAGAAGCAGCUGCGUGUUGUUUGGUGAACUCUAAAUAUGGGAUACAAAUGGGAUUUAUCCAGUGGUGCAUGCACCUUGAUGCACCUCUUUCGCAGACAGACAAUUCCAGAGGUGACGUCAAAUAGCAAGGGGGUAACGGCCAAGCUAGAACGAGGAACUUUGUGCGCUGUAUUCCAUUAAAGUCCUUCCAGUAUUCACCAGUAUGCAACAAGUAAAAUGACGUUUUCCUUUUGAA